AUGGGUAGAUCACCUUGUUGUGCAAAGGUUGGGCUGCAGAAAGGGCAAUGGACAGCAAAUGAAGAUCAGUUACUUAUCAAAUAUAUACAGGCCAAUGGUGAAGGCCACUGGAAUUCUCUCCCUCAGAAAGCAGGGCUUCUUAGAUGUCCAAAGAGUUGCAGGUUGAGAUGGAUGAACUAUUUAAGGCCUGAUAUAAAGAGAGGGAACAUAGGACCACAAGAGGAAGACCUUAUCAUCAGGCUCCAUGCAUUGCUUGGCAACAGAUGGUCACUGAUUGCCAGAAGACUUCCUGGCCGGACAGAUAAUGAGAUCAAGAACUAUUGGAAUUGUCAUCUCAAGAAGAAACUCAAGGAACAAGGGUUUGCGAUAAAAGAAAACCGGCUUUCAAAAAGAAGAAAUGUUAUUAACUAUAAGCCUUUAUCCCCCAACCAAAGGAGAUCAGCUGACGACAACAAGCUGCUGUUAGGCGAAGAAACAAGACAAGACUUUUGUUCGAAUGGCUCGGACAAUAACGGAGAGACUGGACCAGCUAGAGGCUCGCAUGGAACUCAUCGAACGGACGCUGAUGCGGUUCGAGGAGAUGCUUGGUUGCUUCGGCGAUGGUGA